AUGCGCGCGUUCAACCGCGUCCUCCUCGCGCUCGCGUUCCCGAUCGUCUGCCUCUUCGACGCCGUCGCCGCGGCGCCCGCGCGCUCGAACGCGUCGUCGUACUCCGCCGAGAGCGCGCGCGCGCGCCUCCUCGGCGGCGACCGCGACGACGACGCGCUCCUCUUCGCCAUCACGGGCAACUACGAGCCGUACGAGUACGUCACCGGCGCGGGCGAGCGCGACGUCCUCACCGGCGACGCGCUCCCCGCGGACGUCCCGACCGGCUUCGCGGUGGAGACGAUUAAACGCGCGUGCGACGCGUGCGACCUGAGCUGCGAGUUCGUCCUCGCGGACGCCGCGGACUGCUGGACGAGCGGCGGGUUCCCAGGUCUCGGGCUGCAGGCGGGGCACUUCGACGCGUGCGCGGCGUACACCGCGACGUCGCGGCGGCAGCUCGGCGUCGCGUUCGGGGACGCCGUGUCCAGGCCGCGCGCCGCGGGGAUACUGACGCGGCUGGACCCGAGCACGCGCGAGCCCGUCGUGCGGCCGACGGACGACCUCUCGGACGUCGUCGUCGCCGUCGUCGGCGGGUACGCGACCACCGCGCGAUCGAUCGGCGCGUCGCGCAACACGUGCGCGAACGAGACGUUCAACGGCUCGCCGGUCGACGGGCUCAUCGCGCUCGUGGCGGACGACCCGCACGGCGGGCCGGACGCCGCGAUGAGAGCGCUGCUCGACGGCGACGCGGACGCUCUGUACGCGUACGCGAGUCUGAUCGAAGACCGAAAGGGAUGCAAACAACUCGGCUGCGACGCGUCUCUGUACGACGGUCUCGGGACGAAGUACGCGUGGAUACACGUCGACAUGUUGGAGUACCAGGUCAACGGCACGACGCUCGCGAUGACGAAGAAAGGCUCGCCGUUGAUCGACGCGUUCAACCCGUGCGUUCGAUCGGUGAUGCGUUCGACGUGGUACGCGGACGCGUGCGCGAGAUACGCCGCCGCCGGCUUCGACGACGUCGAGUGCUACCCGAACGCGCACUUCGAGGCGGCGGAGGAGGGCGACGAUUUGGACGACGAUUUGGGAGACGACGCCGACGCGCCGUCGCCGUCGCCCGCGCCCGCGCCCGCGUCGGGCGGCGGAGGCGUGGGGAAGUGCGCGUCCGGGAGGUGUCCGUGCGACGCGUGA